GGACCAUUCCGCCUCCGCCACGUAUUUCUGCCCGGCGGGGGCCGGGCGGGAGGAGUGGGUUCCCUACCGACGGGUGCCCCGAGGGCAGAAGGAGUUUUAUUUCCGGAACAAGCAGGUUCAUCAGAGAGCAGAGGAAUGCGUGCGAGCGCUCCGGCUCUUCGAGGACAUCAGCAGCGGUAAAUCUGUCCCGAACGUCCUUCACCAGGACUUCGAUCUCUCCGUGCUGAAGGACAGCAUUGAUCUGACCAAAGUUGCCGUCAUGGGCCAUUCCUUCGGCGGGGUGACAGCAGUGCUGGCCUCGGUGAAAGAGCCCAGCUUCAGGUGCGCGGUGGCUCUUGAUGCCUGGAUGUUCCCCCUGGAGAACGCGCUGUACCCAGAGGUGUCCAAGCCUGUGCUCUUCAUCAACACCGAGAAGUUCCAGACGCCAGAAAGUGUUGCCAAAAUGAAGAGGCUGAGCUCCAGAAACAGCCAGACAAAGAUUAUAACCAUCCUGGGAUCUGUGCACCAGAGCCAGACCGACUUCACCUUUCUCACCGGGAAGCUCAUCAGCCGCAUCUUCGGCGCGAGGGGGACCCUCGACCCCUGCAAGGGUCUGGACAUCACCAGCCGGGCGGCUCUGGCCUUCCUGCAAAGGCAUCUCA